UUCACUAUAAAAACCCAGCUGGGCACUGCCAAUUCCACUCCAUCAUUUGCUACGGCCACAAUCUCCUCGCAUUCCAUCCGUAGAGUCGAUCAAUCGAUCCAAUUUCAUCCCCAUUCCAUCGAUAGCAGGGGAUUUAGGGUUCUUCCAAGAUUUUAAAUUUCGCGGGAUCUUGGCAAGAGAGCGAAGAGAGAAAUGCCGAUUUUGGGAGCCAAGAUGCAGCGUCUCGUCUCCAAGAUCAAGCCCCACAACCUGGAUUUCACCGCCCAUCACCACGAUCUCGAUCUGGACGACGAUGGCGACCUGGAUCAGCCGCCGCGGGACGUUCCAAAGGGAUGCUUGGCUGUCUACGUGGGCUCGAGCGCCAGCGGCGGCGACAGGCAGCGCUUCGUUGUAUCCACUCAGCUCCUCAGCAAUCGAUUGUUCCGGGCGCUGCUGGAUCGCGCGGCCGAGGAGUAUGGAUUCGAAUCGCCGGGGGCUCUCACCAUUCCUUGCGAGGCCGUGCUCUUUGAGCACUUCAUCUGGUUGCUGGGAAGGAACGAUCCCGCCGCUGCCAGGAUCGAGGUGGACGAGCUUCUCAAUUUCUACAGCUCGUGAUAGAUCAUCAAGGAAUUCGUUCUCAUCGUUUUGGCGGUCGCGAGGCGAGGAUAGAAUGCUUUCGAAGGAAUUCAAGAGCUCUUGUGAGGCGUGCUUCCAUGGUCGCCCUCUUUGUCACUUGAUCGGUAUCUAUCAUCUCCAAAAAUCGCCUAUUUUCCGGGCUUGUGUUUCAAGAACAAGAUAAGAAAUCGGUUUGUCACACUAGUGUUUGAUUCAAUUGCAAAUAACAAUCACUAUACUUUCAUGUUCA